ACGCAAAAGGGGAGUGUCUGGUCUAUUAUGAAAUCGUAGCUAGCUAUUAGCUAGCUUAGUUAGUUAUAAAACAUUUCCCGGUACAGUUUAGAUAGCAUAGCUAUAACCACACUUAAUUAGACGUUGACAACUUAUUACUUGAUAUUUGUUUCAAAAUAUGUCAUUUUACAGAAAUGCCGUUUGGUUCGUUAAAGGACUUCAAGAAUACACAAAAAGUGGAUAUGAAGCAGCAGCUAAGCAUUUUAAUCCCGGGGACCUGGAUGUGAACCUGACUGGUAGAUCUUUUGUGAUCACUGGAGCCAACAGCGGCAUUGGAAAAGCUACUGCCAAUGAAAUAGCCAAGAGAGGAGGGACCAUCCACCUGGUGUGUCGUAACAAGGAACGGGCAGAGGAGGCGAAAAAAAACAUAAUCGAACUUAGUAAAAACCAGAAUGUCCAUGUUCAUAUUGUGGAUAUGUCCAGUGCAAGACAAGUAAUGGAAUUUGCCAUAAGCUUUGCAAAAAGCAACAGGGUACAUGUACUGAUCAACAAUGCAGGCUGUAUGGUAAACCAGAGAGAGCUGACGGAGGAAGGCAUAGAGAAAAACUUUGCAACAAACACACUUGGUACCUUCAUCCUAACCACAGCAUUAAUACCAGCUCUGAAACUGGAACAAGACCCACGAGUGAUCACAGUGUCAUCGGGAGGCAUGCUGGUCCAGAAGUUGGAUGUGGAUAAUCUGCAAUCUGAUAAGGGGACGUUUGAUGGCACUAUGGCCUAUGCCCAAAACAAAAGACAACAGGUGAUACUGACUGAGAGAUGGGCAUCCCAGCAUAAAGAGAUCCACUUUUCCUCAAUGCACCCUGGCUGGGCUGACACCCCAGCUGUUCAGUUGUCCAUGCCCGACUUCCAUGCUAAGAUGAAAAACAAGCUGCGUACAGAGGCCAUGGGGGCUGACACGGUGGUGUGGCUGGCUGUCUCAGCAGCGGCCUCCAAACAGCCUAGCGGACUCUUCUUCCAGGAUCGGAAGGCGGUGCCCACCCACCUGCCUUUGGCUUCAUCCAGGUCAUCUCCAGCUGAGGAGGAGAAGUUGCAGACAACACUGGAACAGCUCGCACUCAAGUUCAAACCUUGAGCUCUCCUACUGCGGUCAGACAUUAAUGAACAGACAGACUCACGGAGAAGUUCAUUGACAAACCCUGUGAAAAGGCCAGGAUCUUUGAGGGGGGAAAAUAAAAAAUAUAAAACUCACAAUAAAUGUUGUUUAUCACCUGGUUCUUACACUCAAAAUAUAUCCUGCUUAGAAGAGGACACAGGUGCCCCCCCCAACCCUAACCCACAUUUGUGGGGAGCAACUGUCAGAAAGUGGCACCGCUGCCUCCUCCGUUAACCCUUGUGCCCUCCUCAAAUUUACUACCCUCUAGACAC